GGCAUCAUGGGUAAAAGUAAGCAUCCCCCCCUUUUUUCUCUCUCUCUCUCUUUCCUUUUGUUUAAUAUAACGGCACCACGGAUGAUUGGCAGGGACGUGCCCGUUCCGCGACUGGGUUCCGGCAGGUCCCUGGAGGGGGAUGGCAACACCCCGUGGCCGCCCACCUUCCACCGCGGUUGCCGAGGAGGGGGCUUGCCCUGAAAACCAAGCAGCCCCCUGGCACUCCCCCCUCCCAAACCCUCCGCCUGCCUGUCUCCUUUCCCCUCCUCUUGUCAAGUCGAGGGAACACGCUACCUGAUGGACCGCAUGACGGAGGACGCCCUGCGCCUGAACCUCUUGAAGCGGAGCCUGGACCAAGCCGAGGAGCGGGAUGACGUCCUGGCCAAGCGACUGAAGAUGGAGGGCCACGAAGCCAUGGAGCGGCUGAAAAUGCUGGCGCUGCUCAAGCGGAAGGACCUGGCGGGCAUCGAGGUGCCCCACGAGCUGCCGGUCAAGCAGGACGGGCUGAAGGUCUACGAGGAGAAGCUCAACGGGAACCUGCGGCCACACACCGACGGACGCUCCUCGGCCAGGCCGGGCAAGGAGAACAUCAACGACGAGCCGGUGGACAUGAGCGCAAAGAGGAGCAGUGACCAGGACCGGGGCCGGCUCACCCCGUCACCGGACAUCAUUGUCCUUUCCGACAACGAAGCCUCCAGUCCCCGCUCCAGCUCCCGCAUGGAAGAGCGGCUCAAGGCUGCCAAUCUGGAAAUGUUCAAGGGCAAAGGCCUUGAGGAGAGGCAGCAGCUCAUUAAGCAGCUCCGGGACGAGCUGCGACUCGAGGAGGCCCGGCUGGUGCUGCUGAAGAAGCUACGGCAGAGCCAGCUACAAAAAGAGAACGUGGUACAGAAGACUCCGGUUGUCCAGAACGCAGCAUCAAUUGUCCAGCCAUCUCCUGCCCAUGUUGGACAGCAGGCUCUGUCCAAACUUCCUUCCCGGCCUGGAGCUCAGGGGGUUGAGCCCCAGAACCUCCGCACAUUACAGGGUCACAGCGUCAUCCGAUCGGCCGCCAACACGGCCCUCCCCCACAUGCUUAUGUCGCAGCGCGUCAUUGCGCCGAACCCCACCCAGCUCCAAGGGCAGCGCAUCCCCUCGAAACCGGGACUCAUCCGCACCACCACUCCAGGCAUGAGCCCCGCCAUCAGCUACCAGCCGCAAUCCAGCUCCGCUGUCCCCUGCCAACGCUCCUCGUCCUCCACCAUCUACAUGAACCUGGCCUCCCACAUCCAGCCGCCGGGCACGGUCAACCGGGUCUCUUCGCCGCUGCCUAGCCCCAGCGCGCUCAGCGACGCGGCCAACUCCCAGGCGGCCGCCAAGCUGGCCUUGCGCAAGCAACUGGAAAAGACUCUCCUGGAGAUCCCGCCCCCCAAGCCCCCCGCCCCUCUGCUCCACUUCCUGCCCAGUGCAGCCAACAGCGAGUUCAUCUACAUGGUGGGGUUGGAGGAGGUGGUGCAGAGCGUCAUCGACAGCCAAGGAAAAGCUUGCUCUUCCCUUUUGCGAGUGGAGCCUUUCAGCUGCGCCCAGUGCCGCACAGACUUCACCCCGCACUGGAAGCAGGAGAAGAGCGGGAAGAUCUUGUGCGAGCAGUGCAUGACCUCCAACCAGAAGAAGGCCCUCAAGGCGGAGCACACCAACCGGCUGAAGAACGCCUUCGUCAAAGCGCUGCAGCAGGAGCAGGAAAUUGAACAGCGGCUGCAGCAACAAGCGGCGUUGUCUCCGACCGCCGCUCCCGCCAGCGUGUCCAGCGUCAGCAAACAGGAGAGCAUCAUGCGGCACCACACACUCCGCCAGGCGCAACAACCCCAGAGCACCCUGCAGCGUGGCAUCCCCACCUCUGCCCGCUCGAUGCUGUCCAACUUUGCGCAGGCCCCACAACUUUCCGUCGCAGGCGGCCUUCUCGGCAUGCCAGGUGUCAACAUCGCCUACCUGAACGCGGGGAUCGGGGGCCACAAAGCAUCGAGCCUGGCAGACCGGCAGCGGGAGUACCUUUUAGAUAUGAUCCCGCCACGCUCUAUAUCGCAGUCCAUCAGUGGGCAAAAAUAACGCCAGCUGUGCCCUCCCCUUUUCCCCUCCCUGUGACCUCUGACCCCCCCUCGCCCCCCCCCCUUUGUCCGUCGCAUGCAGUGCCUGUUCUGGUGCCUACCAUAUGUGGAGGAAAAGACAAAAAAAACGAAAAAAGAAGAAAAAAGAUGAAAACAAAACACACAAAAAAAAAAGAGACGAGAACAUUUCAAAAUUUCGAAAAUCUUCAGCAACCUGCUCUCUUCUGAAAGACUUUUCUCUCUCUCUCUCUCUCUCUCUGUCCUUUUCCUCAUCUCUGGAUUUUGUUGGCAGCGAGAGUUUUCCCCUCUCCCUCCCCCCUUUAACCCCCCACUCACCUCGAUUCUGCCCGAGGUCAGAACCUGUCUGCUUGGACCCUGCACUAUACACAUGUUUAACGCUUGUUUUACGCUCCUCUAUUAUUAUUAUUAUUUUUUGGAAGAUUUUGAAUUUGUAACGGCGACGCGUAGAAUUUUUAAUUGUCGUGUUCUUUUAUUCAUGUUUCAUUUUCCUCCGUGGGCUUAAAAAACAAUGGUUUAAAAACAA